AUGUCCUACGACCGCCCCUCCGACCCCUCCGAAUACGGCGGUGGUGGUAGUGCUGGUAACAAUUACUACGACCAAUCUAACGAUUUCUCGCAAUCCUCUAAUCGGCCCCAGCAGGGCGGGCAAGGCUACGGAAGUGGGCAAGGAGGAGGCGGAGGAGGAGGAGGAGGAGGAGGCGAAUACAACCGGCCCAGCGACGGCGGAGGCGGCUACGGCCAGCAGCAAGGCGGUGGGUACGGGCAAGAAUCCUACGGCGGUGGCCAUCACGGCGGCGGUAACAGCGGAGAGGACGAUGGGCUGAAUAGCGCUGCGCAUCAUGCGCAACAAUCCUACAGCGGGGGCGGGGGUGGGGGCGGGGGAGGGGACGAAGGCGGCUUCUUCGGCAACGCACUAGGUUUCCUCCAGGGCAAUAAACAUGAGAUUGCGAAUGAGGAUCUUGAUGAGCAAGGGGCUGUGGGCGCUCAUCAACGGAUUUAUGGCGCCGUUGGUGAUGGGGGCCAGGUUAAUGCCGGGGGUGGAAGGCAUAGUAGUGAGACUAUUGGCGUGGGGGCGGCGAUGCAGGCGCUUAAGAUGUUUACGGGUGGGAGUAGUGGAGGUGGUGGUGGUGGGGGUAUGGGUGGUGGAGGAGGGGGAAUGGGCGUGGGGAGUAUGGGGGGAGGAGCGAGUCAGGGAAAGUUUGUCGGCGGGGAGGUUGUUUGA